AUGGCUUCGGGUGCUGAAAGGCAUGAGGAGGAAAAUAGUACUGCUACUGCUAUUUUGAGAUCAAAGAAGAAGCCAAAUUCCUUGUUGGUUGAUGAUGCUGUUAACGAUGAUAAUUCAGUUAUUGCAAUUAAUUCUAACACCAUGGAUAAGUUAGAAUUAUUCCGUGGUGAUACUGUUUUAGUUAAAGGUAAAAAGAGAAGAGAUACUGUGUUAAUUGUUUUAAUCGAUGACGAUUUGGAAGAUGGUGCUUGUAGAGUUAAUCGUGUUGUAAGAAACAAUUUGCGUAUCAGAUUAGGUGAUUUAGUUACAAUCCAUCCAUGUCCUGAUAUUAAAUAUGCCUCAAGAAUUUCAGUACUACCAAUUGCUGAUACCAUUGAAGGUAUUACAGGUAAUUUGUUCGAUGUGUUUUUAAAACCAUACUUUGUUGAAGCCUACAGACCAGUCAGAAAAGGUGACCACUUCGUUGUAAGAGGUGGUAUGAGACAAGUUGAAUUUAAAGUUGUCGACGUCGAACCAGAUGAAUAUGCUGUCGUUGCUCAAGACACAAUUAUUCACUGGGAAGGUGAACCAAUUAACAGAGAAGAUGAAGAAAAUAAUUUAAACGAUGUUGGUUAUGAUGACAUUGGUGGUUGCCGUAAACAAAUGGCUCAAAUCAGAGAAAUGGUCGAAUUGCCAUUGAGACACCCACAGUUAUUUAAAACUAUCGGUAUUAAACCACCAAGAGGUGUUUUGAUGUAUGGUCCUCCUGGUACUGGUAAGACUUUGAUGGCAAGAGCUGUUGCUAAUGAAACCGGUGCUUUCUUCUUUUUGAUUAAUGGUCCAGAAGUUAUGUCGAAGAUGGCAGGUGAAUCUGAAUCUAACUUAAGAAAAGCCUUUGAAGAAGCUGAAAAAAAUGCCCCAGCUAUUAUCUUCAUUGAUGAAAUUGAUUCUAUUGCUCCAAAGAGGGACAAGACCAAUGGUGAAGUUGAAAGAAGAGUGGUUUCUCAAUUGUUAACAUUGAUGGAUGGUAUGAAGGCUAGAUCCAAUGUUGUUGUCAUUGCUGCAACCAACAGACCAAACUCUAUCGAUCCUGCUUUAAGAAGAUUCGGAAGAUUUGACCGUGAAGUUGAUAUUGGUAUUCCAGAUGCAACUGGUAGAUUGGAAGUUUUACGUAUUCAUACUAAAAACAUGAAGUUGGCCGAUGAUGUUGAUUUAGAGUCAAUCGCUGCAGAAACACAUGGUUUUGUGGGUGCUGAUAUUGCAUCCUUAUGUUCAGAAGCUGCUAUGCAACAAAUUCGUGAAAAAAUGGAGUUAAUUGACUUGGAUGAAGACGAAAUUGAUGCAGAAGUUUUAGAUUCCUUAGGUGUCACAAUGGAUAACUUUAGAUUUGCUUUGGGUAACUCUAAUCCAUCUGCCUUACGUGAAACUGUUGUUGAAAACGUUAAUGUUACUUGGGAUGACAUUGGUGGUUUAGAUGAAAUCAAGAAUGAAUUAAAGGAAACAGUUGAAUAUCCAGUCUUGCAUCCAGACCAAUACACCAAAUUCGGUCUAUCUCCAUCUAAGGGUGUUUUGUUCUAUGGUCCACCAGGUACUGGUAAAACUUUAUUGGCUAAGGCCGUCGCUACUGAAGUUUCCGCAAACUUUAUCUCUGUUAAAGGUCCUGAAUUGUUAAGUAUGUGGUAUGGUGAAUCGGAAUCCAAUAUUCGUGACAUUUUCGAUAAGGCUAGAGCUGCUGCUCCAACUGUCGUUUUCUUGGACGAAUUGGAUUCUAUUGCUAAAGCAAGAGGUAAUUCUCAAGAUAAUGUAGGAGACAGAGUUGUCAAUCAAUUAUUGACUGAAAUGGAUGGUAUGAAUGCAAAGAAGAAUGUUUUUGUUAUUGGUGCUACCAACAGACCAGAUCAAAUUGAUCCUGCAAUCUUAAGACCAGGUAGAUUAGAUCAAUUAAUUUACGUUCCAUUGCCAGAUGAAACAGCUAGAUUAUCCAUUUUAAAGGCUCAAUUAAGAAAGAGUCCUCUAGAGCCAGGUUUAGAUUUAAAUGCCAUUGCCAAGUCUACUCAAGGAUUUUCUGGUGCUGAUUUAUCAUAUAUUGCACAAAGGGCUGCUAAGUUUGCCAUCAAGGAUUCUAUUCAAGCCAAUAUUGAAAGAGAAUCCGAAAAAGUCAAAUCCGAAGAUGUUGAGAUGUCUGAUGUCAAGGAAGAAAAUGAAGAAGAACAACCUGAUCCUGUUCCAUACAUUACAAGAGAACAUUUUGCAGAAGCUAUGAAAACAGCCAAACGUUCUGUGUCUGAUGCAGAAUUACGUCGUUACGAAGCCUAUUCCCAGCAAGUGAAAGCUUCAAGAGGGCAGUUCAGUAAUUUUAGCUUUGAUGACAAUGCUGCUGCUACCAAUGACAACAACAACGCUUCAGGUGCUAGCUUUGGUUCUGGUGCAGCCGAAGAAGACGAUGACUUGUAUAACUAG